AAAGCUCACCGUGUUUGGGCAUGGGCUUGGUUUUAUGCCUCCAUUAAUUCCCAAACGGCCCUUUUUCACCAUCGCCUUACGCUAAGGGUAGGGGGUGUGCAUAGGCAGAAAUUAACUUGUGCUUAAAACUUUCUUUAGUGAAAGUUUAUACUUACACUUUUUUGUGUUUUACCUAUCUUUCCAUUCGCUUAUUUAAAGCGUGUGGAGGCAUUUUUUCAAUCGCUUAUUUUUCAUUAUAUUAAGGACAACGUAACUUCAUCCAAGAUGAUCGACACAGUAACAGGACCCGGAACACAGCCCUUUGCAGUUCAGCUAAAGGCCCUGACAGAUCUGGAGGGCCGAUACCAACCAAAGCUGAGCGGCUUGAGGCUCAUCGAGAGCUCCCAGGACAAUGGCCUCAGGAUGACCACCAGACGGAGGGAGCUGGAGGUGAAGGACCUGCUCUCUCUGACCAGGUUCUUUGGUUUCAGCUCAGAGACCUUCUCACUGGCCAUCAGCUUGUUAGAUCGAUUCCUCUCUGUAAUGAAGAUUCAGCCAAAGCACCUGUCCUGCGUGGGCCUGUGCUGCUUCUACAUUGCCGUGAAGUCCGCAGAAGAGGAGAAGAAUGUGCCUCUAGCCAACGAACUGAUCCGCAUCAGUCAGAAUCGCUUUACAGUGUCUGACAUGAUGAGGAUGGAGAAGAUCAUCAUGGAGAAGCUCUACUGGAAGGUGAAGGCCCCCACAGCCCUCCGCUUCCUUCGCCUCUUUCACAGCCACAUCCAGGAGCAGCUCGACGCUGAGAGCAAGAAGAUACUGAGCCUUGAGAGACUGGAGGCUCAGCUGAAAGCCUGUCACUGUUCAUUUGUCUUCUCCAAAAUAAAGCCAUCUCUGCUCGCCAUGGCUCUCCUGUGUUAUGAGGCCCAGGAACAACACGACCCUGAGUACAUUGACAAAAUACCAGAGGCCCUGAAAAGUCUGCAGCAGCAGCUGAAUAUCAGAGACGGGGACCUAGUUUGUGUGCGGGAGUUGGUUGGAAAAUGUCUGGCUGAAUAUGCCACCACCAGGUGCUCCAAGCCUAACAGCCAAAGGCUUCGCUGGGCUAUUUCGGGAAGAACUGCACGUCAGCUGAAGCACAGCUACUACAAGAUCACUCAUCUUCCCACCAUACCUGAGUCAGCUUGUUAAACCUGGGGGUACAAACGGGUGACCUUACAUGCAGAGAAAAGUUACAACUGUCUCCAAAUGAUCUUUCUCUGGUUGGAUGUAAUUUUUGGUUGACUUGCACUAUGGUCACCCAUGUACAGCUUCAGUUAUUUUCCUUACAGAUCUUCAUCGGUGAUGAUGGAUUUCUUUAAGGAAAAGCUAAAAAUGUUACGGCUUUUCUCAACUUUGUUUGCCAUCAUACAUUGAUCAAGCACCCUGUUUUUUUUUUAUCUAGGAGUAAUGCUUCGUCAGAAAGGUUUAUCUGCUGCCAUCCUGCUAAGUUUUACUUUCCUGGUUGAGUUGCUUGCACAAGUCUAGAGUAUGUUCUCGUUAAAAUCCGUACCACAGUGUUUGGUAUUUCCUGGAACGGGUUGCUGGUUUUAAGCGAAUAAGUAUAGAACCACCUAGGUCCUCAGUCCACCAUGUGGAAGAGGAGGGAGAAGGAUUUUGUGAACAGCAAAAAUGGAACCAAGAAAUCGGGCCCAAAAUCCUUAACUCCCACCCUAGGUUGCUUAACUGUCCUGAAUGCACACUCCUACCCAAGGUGAAGAUUUUUUGUUUUAUUUUGAUACGGCGAAGGGAGCUCUGGUUUUCUCCAGUGAAGUGAGGCUACUGACAACUGUCACGUAUGGCUGAUCAUACAGUUUGAGCUGAAAUGUCAUCAGUGGUUACAGAUGAGUUGUUUUCACCAAUUCUUAAUUUGUGUACACAGAGUGAAGUAAUGCAUGUAUUAAUUGAUUUCAGUUGUCAAUUAUGCAGAGAACACUAAAAAGGUUGUUGCAGUGGAAAUGUGGAUUGGAAUUUGUAUUGCAUUUUCUUUGCCAGUUUCCCUGUUGGGUAGAAGUUUCUUUUAGUGACAGAAAUAAAAUGUGUUCUCAAAUUCAAAAUGGCAAAUUGAAUACACCAUCUUGUUAACCUAUGUACUUGUACCUUUCAAUAAAACUUUAUUGAAAAGUUA